AUGAUGUACUUUUCAUCGAUUUUCUCAAUCUUUUUAUUCGAAUUCUUCGUUUUGUCAACAUGCUAUCAGACACGAUUCAAACGGGAUUUUAUGCUGAUUACAGAUGGUAAUAUGACGGAUGCAAAGUGCUUUGAAGAUUGUCAACAAGAAUAUAGAGCAAAAUUCGAGUAUACUCUGAAUCAAUCAUUGACAGAAUUCUACGAUUUCCCAUUUCAUCCGGUCGUUUUGGAGAGUUCUUCAUUCCAAUUAUAUUGCAAAUUAUCCGAACAAAAAACAAAAUGUUUCGCUGACAAAUGCAAUGAUUAUGCAGCUGAAAACUCGUUUUCUCCAUCCAAUUUCGUCUGUCUUUUCAAGCGAACUCUGUUCGAAAAAGCAUUGAAAUGUUUGGCUAAAACGGAACCAAUAACAUUCUUAAAAUGUGACCACGAGUGCCAUGAAGAAAUAGUUAGAACUGAUCGAUUGAAACAAAGCUCUUUGAAUAAUCAGAAUCAGAUUUUUAUUUCUUCGGAACUUGCUACGUAUGAGACUGAAUUAGACAAAUUAUGCAGGUUCCAGUCGUGUUAUAUGAGUUGUAUGGCACCAGUUGUGAAAGAGAUGUGCGGAGAAGAGGAAUCAAAGUCAGCCAUCGAAAUAGUUGAAGCUUAUGUUCAGUGGCAUGCAGAUGAUAUUUCAGAUUGGCAUUCAAUCACUGGAAAUGACGAAACACUUCCGAAAUCAUGUCAAUCACUGGUCAAACCACACUCAAAAGCAGAUGAUCCGAUACUGCAGAUAAUCGGAAAUGUUGCAUGA